AGUAUAUCGGCUGUGAGACUUGCGUCUGUCAGUGCAGCGAGGGCAGCGAGAUCGCCGUAGUGCAAAUGGUCGUGGAGCGUUAGUGUGUAGUUUGCGAGGAGAGUUCUCAAGAUAUUAUCGAUAGCGGAAUCGUUAUUGUCAUUUUUUCCCUGCACUUGAAUUCAAAAGACACUUUUGAACGUAACCUUUGUUAGACGUCCUCUAGUUCUCACAGAUGAAAAUCCUUUGGAUUGUAGUGCUGGUGGGCUUCCUGGCCUUCACGGCUGAAGCCAAAAGAAAGAGAAAAUUUGACGGAGAUUUUGAGUUUGCUGAAGAGGAUGAGUCCCGAAGCAGCACUACAAAGGUUGGAGAGAAAAAGCGCUGGAUUCACGACCCCAACAGUGAUUUGUGUCAUCCUCUCGACUGCAAGAAAAAAGAACUGUGUCUUCUAGAGGAUGCUUUCACGGCGGUGUGCGUGAGCAAGAAGGAGCUCCACAAAAAUGGGGAUAUAAUUAUUCCAAAAGCGAAAUACCUAGCAGAAGAGGAGGCAAAACGCAAAGCAGCUGCAUCCACAACUGGCAAUGCUGAAGAAAAUGAUGGUGAUGAUGUUUUCUACGAUAGUGAAGAUGAUCAGGAUGAUGACGAUGAUCUCACAGAUGCUGUUCGUCGUUGCAAUCCAUGCCCAGUUGUAAAACCGACAUUCUUAUGUGGCACUGACAAUCGCACAUACAGUUCUCUUUGUCGGCUUGAUUACCACAACUGCAUCCAUCACACAUCGGUUAGAGUUGGAUGCAAGGGCUUCUGUCCUUGUAAAGAUGCUGAUGUCCACUUGCGAAAGAAGCAGCGACAGUCAGAAAGAUAUAACAAUAUCAUGAAUAAAUUUAAGGCAACUGCUGAUCGUGAACAUAAACAGAAUAAAAGUGCUCGACCACCACAAGACAAGUAUACUUUUACUCCAGAAGAUUUUAAAUAUGAAAAUAAGCAUUACAAAUACAUUAAGUAUACAAAAUACAAUAAGGAUGGUUUUGCUGCCACCAGUGUUCCAUUUUCCGAUGAUAAAGCGCGGCAACGUGGAUAUAAUGAGGUUUUUGAUACCAAGCCUGCACAUAAUACACCUUGGAGCAAAGAAUGCCCACCAACUGCACUGCAAGCUAUGGGAAAUCGUCUUCUUGAUUGGUUCUCAGUGGUGAUGGCAGAAGCAAAGAGACGGCGAUCUCAUGCCAAAGGAAAAGACAAAAAUGUUGAAUUUGCAGCUCACUUUCCUGCUACUUGCAAGAGUGAAGUGCGCUGGAUGUUCCAGCACUUAGAUUUGGAUUCAGAUGACCAACUGUCAUUAGAAGAAUUGUAUGAUUUAGAGCAUGAUCAAAGUGAGAAAUGUAUUAAACCUUUCCUUGAUGCUUGUGAUGCUGACAAGGACAUUUUUGUUACUCCUCGUGAAUGGUGCCAUUGCUUCGAUAAGGCAGAUAGACCAUGUGCAGCUGUUAAGCGUCGCAUUGUUCCUGAUCUUAUGGGUGUAUAUAUUCCCGAUUGUGAUGAUGAAGGAUAUUAUCGUCCUACACAGUGUCACACUUCUGUGGGGAUGUGCUGGUGUGUUGACAAACAUGGGGUUGAGCGAGCUAACACUCGCACACGUGGGAAGCCAAACUGUGGUCAGAGACAUGGGGAGACGCCUGUUCCUCGCACCCCCUCCUGUAGGGGCCAAGCACUACCAUAUUCUUUUGCACCAGCAACUACUACGAGCCUGCUCUCUAGGGUGGCAGCCAACCCAACCAAGGAGUUAUCAAAUCUGACAUUACACGAAAUAUAAUUGGUAACAAUAAUAUUAUCAGCAGCAGCUAACGAAUUUAAACUGCUUUUGCACCAUAAAUGGUCACACUUGGGUCCUCCCAUGCAAGUAUGUUUAUAGUUGAUGUUACCGGAAGAUUAGUGCUCGUGAAUUAUUUUGGAUUUCAUUUACAGCAUUGUAAAUGAGUCCAUUCCCCUGCUUCCAUUUUCUUCAUUUGCACAUGUAUCAUUUUUAAUUUUCUUGUGGGUGUUGUUUAAUGUCCUAGAGAUAUCCAGAAUCUGCAAUAUAAAUUGACUUCUUGAUGAGAGUUGAAACUACAGUUGUGUUUUGUAUGUGAAUUACUUGUUAUGUGCGUGUUUGUUACUAGAAACUGAAAAGUGUGAGACCAGCAAAUAUUAUAUAACCUGUAAGUUCAAUUCAGUUUGCUACUCGCUUGGAUGUUCAGUUGAUACUGCAUGUACACACAUCUAAAAUGUUUGGUGGAGUUCAGUGUGAACCAACCAAACACAACUAACUCAUUACAUGUAAAAUAUUUGUAGUCAGUUGCAUACUUCCAUUUUUAAUCAGACCGUCUUUUUUAACAGUGAAUCAUUCCAUGACUAACAUUCCAUUGCUUUCUUUGCUAUAUAUUCUUAGUCUCAAUAAAUAGUUGUUCGUUAUUAAGAAGUUUUUAUUUUUAUUCUUAAUCAUUGCUGACAUUAAUGACUGACUAAUCUGUUAGGCUAUUUAUUGCAAAUUUUGCUUUGUUUUAGAUAGAGACCGUCCAAUAGUUAUACUCAUAUAUCUUUAUUGUAUAAUUUUAUUGUACCAUUGUAAGCCUUUGUAUUAUGAUGUUUGUAAAUAUUGAUUUAUUUCUUUAAUACUUAUGUGAAAAUGACAUUUUAAUAAAUGUGUAUUCAAGCUGUUUGCUGUGCAAAAUUACAUGGUCAAUGUACAUCUGUAUUUCGCCUAGUGUCUUCUUGUGUUGUGAUUAUUGUAAGCAGGAAGUUAAAUCUUUCUUUUAUGCCUUAUUGCAAAGAAUUAUCUAAUUAGUUAGUUGUUUUGUGUGCCAUAAGUGAAUGAAUAAUAUUUAUCUAAAGUGAAGAUAAACAAUAAUGAUGCAAGUCUUAGAACGUAAUACAGUUCUGUUAAUUUUAAUGUUACUUAGAUGAAAACUGAUCCAUUGAAUGAGUUGAUUGCUCAGUGUUCUGCACUGAGUCAGCUAGUGUACUGGCUCUUCAUCAGCUUAUUAAAACAUCGAUUAAUGAUCAAAAAAGAAAAUCCUUCACACCUACAGUAAUGAAAAGCAAGCAACGGCUGGUUGGCGUUUACACUGAUUCUUUCUUUGCUGUUUGUAGUUUGUAAAUUGCAAACUCACGUGUACCUUUCAUUAAUCUUUGUGCCCGUAUUUUGUGUUCCUGCCAUUGAUGUGAUGUUCCUUCCUUUGUUCAGGACUGUACGUGCAAUGUACUUUCGCCAACUAUUAGCUUCUGAGGAAACUGACUAACAUUAGGAAAUGUGUUUCUUAGAAUAUAUUUUAAUGUGACAUGAGUAUAUAUGUAGUGAUGUAAAUGAAGUAUAUUUUAUUUGGGUACAUAUUUAAUUUAGUUUAGGUGACUUAAGAAAAGAAUCAAAGUACAGUUAAAUGUUAGAAAUGCCAACUGAAGCCAUGUACAUAACCAUACAGCUAAUCGGUUACAUUUUCUCUAGACCACAUUUAAAAAUGUGUUAAUGGUAGAUUGUCUUGUAACAUGUAGUACUUAAACUAAGGUUUGUUUAAUAAUGUUACACAUGAGAUUCACUACUUCUUUAUAACUCUCUUGGAAAUGUAUUACAAAAGAUACCAAAUUGGGUAUGAUAUGUAAUCUAUAGAUUAAUUUUUACAAAAGAUCAUACUCUUAAUUUCUACAAAAUGGUGAAAGAAUGAAAGUAAGUUUUACAGAAUAUUCUGGGAAUGUAUUCUCAACAAUUUGGCAAUAACAGUGUAAUUUUUCAGAUGCAUAUAUAUACAUAGGUGUAUGUGUACGCAUAUUUCAUAAAUGUAUUUUCAAGUUUAUGCACAUACAUAUAUGUAUGUAUGCGUAUGUGUACAUGUAUGUAUAAGGCUGGCAAUUAAUUAACUGGUGUACAUGUUUUGAAGAACUAUAAUUAAUAAAAAUUAUAUAAAACCAAUGUGUUAUAUCCAUUAUUAUGAGACUUCUUUAGAUGUAAUGUUCAAUUUUCUUGAUCAUUAUAAAGAAUUCUAAUUUUUUUUAUUUUUAUGUUGAACUAAAAUUCACUCUUCCAAUGAUUUCAUUUACUUCUAAAAAUUAUGUUGUAAUUACUUUUUCGAACUACAAAAGACUGUAAUACAUCUCAACAUCUGUCCAUAAUGGUGGCACUGAAAGAAUUUUAUUUAAUUACUUAUUUUUUAUUUUCUAAGUUUAUUUUUACUUUCUUGUGUAUGAAUGUAUGUAUA